UGAGCAGCCUAGUUGUACGGCCUACUGACAGCGGCGGAGAAAAUGGAGGUGGCGGUGCAGGUAGCGACUACGAGCCAGGUGAGGUUCGUCGGGAUGCACCGCCGUAUUCACGUUCCGAUCGAUUCUCUGAUACCCAUGCUGAGCACUUUGCCUGGUGCAAGAACUUUGCUCUUGAAGAAGGCACAUGGUGGGGUUCUGGUGAGAAAUUUUGUUGGGUAUUUUGAACAGGAAAGUAUAUAUCAAGUAUUAUAUUUUAUGGACUUUUGCAUGGGCUGUGAACUCUUGGUAUCAUGAUGUGUUUGACGGGAUAGCACUAUUGAUGGACAGCUUGUAUGGAUUGGAGAAUGAUACAUGAGAUAUCUGAGAAUCCUGAUCCAUCAUUGAAUGGUUGAUGUUGUGAAUGAAGUGUUUUUGCUGAUUGUCUUUAUAGUUGUAUAGUUAAGUGGGGGUAAAUUCUGCCAGGGUGAUGAGUUGAAACUGGUGAAACAUGACAAAGACCCCAACUCCUCAUGAAGAGGUCAUUUGGUAGACACUGAUUGUCUGGGUAUUGGUGUUUUGAGUCCAUCUGAAUCCUUGUCAAUUGGAUUCAGGGAAAUAAUGAAUGUUUUAGUCUUUUCAGUUUUUGCUUUCUCCAAUUAGCAGUGGCUUUUGGGAUUUAUUCUUUUAGUACUUUAAUUUGGUGGUUAAGUAGGAGUUGAAUUGGGUAUGCAUGUGGAUUAGUUGCUUUGUUGAAGAUUAAAUUUUGGUGAAUAAGAGAUUCCAUGUAAGUCGUGAACGCAUCAAUUCCAUAUAGAAGCUUGAACUUAAUAGGACUUAUCAACAUACUGUGAGCUGGUUUACGGAAGGGGUUUAUUGAGUUCAGUGAUUGGAUUCUCUCAGCCAUUUGCACAAGCGUUUACGAUGAUUAUGGUUGAUUGCAUUCAAUUUGCAGUCCUUUGGCUGAGGUGUUGGAUUGUGAUUCAAUUGUUAGCAGUUUGAUAAUUUAUGGUAUGCACUUUACCUGGAUUGUUAUCAGUUCAGUAAUUAUAAGGUCUCUUGGCUCUGGAGCAGUUUGGAGUCUGGCUUGAAGUUCCCAAUUACUGCUUACGUUGGUAGUGUGGUUAUGAAAAUGGGUGUUCUAUUUGAUUCGGUUAGAGGGAAUUAAUGUCGACCGUGAAAUGUGUGUCGCCGUGCUACUUGCUUAACUUUUAGUAACCAAGUCUAUUUUUCCUCGAGGAUUUCAAUAAAUUAUCAUGUCAGCUGUGGAUGAUACAGAAAAAUGUAGUUUUCUACGGUUGAUGCACUGUAAUAAUUUUAAUUGAGACAUAACUUUGAAGACAGUCAUCCUCUUGAGAUUCACAUUCUCUUCAUGCUACUCUUUCUCUUAUUUUCGACAUCAGGCUAUGAACAAUGGAUAUAGAGCGCAUGCAGGUUCUGUUUCACCUGUGCGCCAUAGGAAUGCAGAUCAUCGGUAUAGUACUGAUUUUGAUCAUUCAGGUGGCCCGCCACGUAGUCAUGGAUUUGGUAGCGGUAGAGAUCCUGGUAGACAUCGAGACUAUUCCCCCCCUUAUGGUCGCGGGAGACAUGCUGGCAGGUUUGUGGGCAGAAGUUAUGAUGGACCUGGUUAUGGUGGACGGCAAGUUAGAGGAGAAGGUCUGCCUAGAAGCAAUCCAAAUGUACGGCCAAGAGAUGGUGAUUGGAUGUGCACGGAUCCCUUGUGUAACAACUUGAACUUUGCAAGACGAGAGAACUGUAACAAGUGCAAAAGGCCUCGAUAUGCACCUCCAGGAAGUCCUCGGAGGGGUUAUCCCAGCCCACCUCCCCAUCAUCGCAAUCCUGGCCCCCCAAUCAACCGUUCUCCAGGAAGGUUUGUGAAUGGGUAUAGGUCCCCUCCUCGCGGCUGGGCUAGAGAUGACCCCCGAGAUUUCAGAGCUGGUGUUCCUCAUUCAAGAUUUGAAGGGAGGUUUGCAGAUCCUCCAAUCCGUAGAGAUAGGCCUGCUUUUGCUGAUGCUGAUGGUAGGGAUCGAAGUAGGUUUGAGCGGCCUCCAGCCCUGGAUUGGGGACAUAGAGAGCGCGGGAGAGACAGCUAUUUGAGUGAGAGAAAAGGUUAUGAAAGGCGAACACCAUCUCCACCUCAUCCACCAGUACUACCACCUCGUGGCCAAUGGCCACGUGAUACCAGGGAAAGAAGCCGUUCUCCAGUGAGAGGUGGACCACCGCCCAAAGACUAUCGCCGUGAUGUAUACAUGGGAAGGGGGCGAGAUGAUCGGAGGGUUGGACGAGGGGCAUAUUAGCUGGUGUUGAAAUGAUUAUAAUUGUUGAACUGUGUUUACUGGUUAGCGAAGGUAAAGCGACAAAUAUUUUCCUAGAACUAGUAUUAUCCAAGCACAUAUUUUCUAUCAAGUUAAGAAUCUGUUUAUGUAACUUUUAAUUGUGCAGGCAUUUGCAAUUGCUGUACCAGAAAUAGAUUUUUGGGAAUUCCCUUUGACUCAAAACAUAUUAUCCUCAUUUCUCAGCAUGUCUUGUGGUAUUGUUGUUGCGA